AUGUCCUCGUACAGCUACUCGAUAACGGGCGGCCCUGCGCCGUCCACUUCAUCACGUAAUAUCAUCAAGAAGUUAAAGCAGCGGCAAAAAAACCAAUAUGACAGGGAAUCGUCGCGCCCCAAGGCUUCUCUCGAGACUUCUUCCUCUCUGCAACCAGACCAGAUUUCGCUCCGCACUGCUUCGUCCGUAUAUUCGCAGCCCAGUCCGCUGGACAACACGUUCGACGCGUCGCAGACGAAUGAUCACCAGACACCAUCGCAACAGUCAUAUCAGCAGCCAUAUCAGCAACAGUACCAACACCAGACACGAAACUACCUCCGAUCUCGGGAAGGCUCACAAAAAGCGGACGAGGUAUCUCCUCCGAGCUCCCCAGAGAUCCUUCCAACACAGCUCCCAUAUAGAUUCGAUGACCGGCCCUUUUUACCUUGCAUAGACAGAGAACCGCCCUUGACCAUGGCGCAAACCGAGCUCUCGCACGAUUCUGGCCAGGACGGCCGUAAGUCUUCACGGUCAAACAUCCCAACGAUGCGCCGUGAACGAAGGCAGAAUCAGGAGGCGGCAGCCCGCAGUCUGCGAGUCGCACAGUCAAAAGAACGGUUGCAGACACCAACCAAGCAAUUGCGCCCGAAUUCGAGCGCCUCUUCCAAACGGGGAUACAAAGGCGGAGAGGUUCGCUGGGACCCCAAUACGGGCGAGCUCACUAGCUCCGACAAAGGCCGUCCCAGCCAGGUGAAGCCGGCCGAGUAUGUACGCGGCUUGCUUACACCCGGACAUGACGAAUCUGGAAGUGUGACUGACGAUCCCGCAUCCGCAACGAAGACGGCGGGAUCGUCCGGCCUGGCCAGCUUUGCCAGCCGGCUUCGUCGGACAGUGCAGAAUGGGGCUGCCCACAUGGGAGGUGGGAAGGCCCCAGAGACAGAUGUUGAAGGUACUCGCCAGUCAUCACUGCCCUUGUCUCCUGCAUCUUUACCGCCAAGGGCUUCGCCAGCCAGAGACCUUUCUACGUCGACGGACCCUGCAGCCACUGCUCUCACUUCUAAUCGCCCAGCCUGGAACGGCGCCAGCGGUAGGACAACAUUGGUGGCCCCUGUUACCGAUACCAGAGAAGUGCCACCGCUCAAUAUCCCACAAAAGAGUAGCAGGCGAGUAGGCUCGUCACCAAGACUCGACGCGGGUGUCGCCGAUCGUUUGUUGGCCGUUCAAAACAAGCAGAGUCUGGCAAGCCCACCUGUCAGCCCUCCGAGUCAAAACUCGAUCCUCCCAGAGCCUGUCUUUGACGCUCCAUUCCUUAUCCAGGAGGGCACACGGCCAGCAACCCCUCCUCAUGAUACAAUUCAGACGCCGCCGCCAGCAAGCCGUACAGCUUCUGCCCUAAGCUACCCGAGCCCUCCGCCAUCAACAGAUGUACCGAAAAUGGGCCCAGCGCCGGUACAGCAACGGGUAUCCCAGAUCAAGAGAAAGCCAGCUCCCGCUAGAGACAUGGGCAGCUACGAUGACAAUGAUCCUUUCAAUUAUAACAACAAGCCACGGGCAAUGUCCUCGAAGUCCACGGGAGCUGAGCCGGACUGGACGCAACCGCCUUCGCGCUUCAGUGCGACCACUUAUAGCUCAUCACUGAAUGAAUCCAUGUACGAACCAGACGCAAAGGAUGCCCCGGAGAUGCCGCCCAUACCCGACAGCUUCCGGUCAAGACAACCAACAGAAAGUGAAGACUUCAGAGACGACAAUCCGUCGACCCGCCGACCACGGCCAGCACCUAUUGUCAUCGAGCCUUUGGCGGUCAAGAAGCCUUCAGACAGUGUCAUGGAUCGACGCCGCCCGCUAUGUAUGGGCCAUGCGAGCCCGAGAUCCUUGAAGGACGGCACUGAGCCUGUCGUGAUCAGUCUGAAUACAUCUUGGAAGAGCGGCAAUAAGCCAAGCCUCCGCGACGCGGAUAGCAGCGGUUAUGUGAGCAGCAGCAGCAGCGGAGGAGAAGACCGGCUCAGUCCCAUGCCAGGCCAGUUCCGGCUGCACGUGGUAGAGUCUAUACUGAAACCUACACGCACGACAGAGGCUGGCUCUGUGCACAAAGAUCUUCCCCCUGCGCCGCCAGAGACAACUGCCAAGGACCGGAUUACAAUGUUGAACGCACAGCUGGCAGAUCUGGCACAGCGGCGUUUCAAUGUCGACCGCAGCAUAAAACAAAUGACCCAGCUGAUGCCGACGGACAACAUACUUGCAAGCACACAAGUCCUGCUCAAACGGGAGCAGGAAAAGAGCAAGGUAGAAGGACUCCGCAUGGAGCUAUCCGAGAUUCAGCGAGAAGAAUACGAGAUCGGCCUGAGACUGCACCGGGCUUACAAGCGGUUAGACCACAACGCCGAGUAUGAACCGACUACGCUCUGGGUUCGGAGGGUUACGGGAUAG